AUGUCUGAAAAACCAUGGCGACUAAAUGUUGAUAUACCCACACCAUCACUUGGUACUCCCAAUUCAUCAACUUUGGAUGUUAAUUCAGUAAUAACUGAAAACGAUGAAUUAUCUUUAGGGAAAACUAUUACGAUUACGACGAGUCAACAUAACUUGAAACAAUUCUAUGGUAAUAUUGAAGAUGAUAAAGGAGAUGAAGAACCCCCAGUUACCUCUAAAGAAUUAAGAGGAUGGUAUAUGUAUAAUGCUGCGACUGAAGUUUAUAGCGUUGUUGCUAUAACGGUUUUUAUACCCAUCAUAUUAGAAAAUUUAGCGGGUGAGGCAGGGUUUCUGUUGGACCGCGUGACCCCUUGUGAUACCACCAUAAAAGAUUACAAAUGUGUUACGAGAUAUGGGACAGGGUUCGUUGAUACAGCAAGUUUUUCCUUAUAUACCAUAUCAAUAUCAGUACUUAUCCAAUGCCUGGUAUACAUUGGUUUUGGAUCGCUUGCUGACCAUGGAGAAAAUCAAAAAAAGUUACUUAUGUUGUUCUCAUAUAUUGGAGCAAUUUCAGUCAUCGCUUUCUUAUCAGUGGUCAAUUCAAGCCUGUACUGGUUAGCAGGACUUCUUACAAUCAUAUCUAACGUAUGCUUUGGAGCUGGAUUUGUAUUUUAUUUAGCGUACAUUCCGGUAUUCACGCGAGUACAUCCACGCGUCAUUGAAGCCAAAAGUUCAGGUGUAUCAAUACAGGAUUUAUCAAGGAUCGAAGAAGAAGUAGCAAAUAGAUUGUCAUCACAUUCAAUGGCGAUAGGAUAUGCGUCGGGGGUAUUGAUAUUAAUAAUAGCAGCAGCAAUUUCAUAUUUGAUGAAUGGAACUACUUACAGUCUUCAAGUAGGAACGGCGUUAGCUGGUGCAUGGUGGUUAAUGCUCUUAACAUUUCCAUUAAUUUGGUUACAAAGGAGAAAAAGUCCACCAUUACCAAAUGGAGAGAAUUUUUUAUUUUAUUCAUUCAAGAGAGUUGGUAAAACACUUCAGUCAACAAGACAGUUAUUUCAAACGAUAAAAUUUUUAAUAUCUUGGUUUAUACUAUCCGAUGGCUUUAAUACCAUAGCUUCGGUUGCAAUCCUAUUUGGGAAGAAGUCGCUUAAUAUCGGUAACACGGAAUUGUUGAUCGCCGCGGUGCUCAUUCCCAUCAGUGCAUUUGUCGGUGUUUAUACCUUUUUAUUUAUACAACAAAAAUUUGAAUUAUCAACAAGAACAAUGAUAUUAAUUUUAGGAACAUUACAUUCUCUAAUACCGAUUUAUGGAUUACUUGGAUUUGUGAGUCCUAUCGGAUUGAAAUUUACCGUAGAGAUUUAUAUAUUUGCAAUAUAUUUUGGAUUGGUAUUGGGAGCCCUACAAAGUUAUUGUCGUGUUUUGUUUGGAAGCAUGAUUCCGAAAGGACACGAGAAUGAAUUUUUCGGUUUAUAUGAAAUUACUGAUAAAGGAUCAAGUUGGAUUGGUCCUUUGGUGACAGGAUUUAUCGGCGAUUUAACUCAUGACUUAAGAUAUUGUUUUUGGUUUCUUCUCGUCAUGAUGAUCAUACCAUUACUUUUAAUAUACACUGUUAAUGUUGAACAAGCACUCUUGGGUGAUGAUAAAACAACGAUUAAUGAAGCAGAGGAAUCUCGAUUGGCAGAGAAAGCGAGACUUAUCGAACAUUAUAUCUACCGAGAUUCCAAUUUCACCGUCAAUAAACAUUAUAAAGACACAGCUCGUAGUAAGAUUUGGAAUUUAAAAGAUAAGAAGAAUCCUAAAUUACGGCGAAAUGUUGCUGAAGGUAUAAUUAGUGAAGAGUACUUUGCAAAAAUGGACGCGGAGGCGAUGGCUUCAAAAGAACGAAAACGUCAAAAUACAAUGAUUCGAAAGAAUUCGCUUGCGAGUUCAAUUGCUGUUGCCGAUUAUAAACCAGUACAAUAUUAUUCGGAUCCAAGUGAACCAAAGAUUACCCUUAGUGAUCGUGCUGGUAAUCGGGUUUGGAGUGGAACGGAUAUGGAUUCAACAAUAUGA